CGUUGGUCCUUCGCACCAGCAGGGGGCGCUGUCCGCUUUGGCUGCUUUCUGUUCCGGUUAUCUCUUGUUGUCUCACGUUGACUGUAAACAACAGAGAAGUCGAAUUUUUGCAUUUUGUUUCAUUUGACCCUUUAUUUUCCCACUGUAACAAGGCUUUGGUAUGUUUUUAAAAGUCUCUACAUGUUUGAACUCGUGUUAUUAGAAAAAGUUAAGCUAACGUCAACAGAAUUAAGCUAACAACGGCCAUUUUUUAACUCUAUGUCUAACUUAAAACUACUUCACAAGGACUGUAACACGUUGAAGAUAUUCACUGCAUUAAAUGGACACCAUGAUUAAGUGUUUGCCUUUAGAGGUUCAAGGGAAGCUUCGCUCUGGUGUCGCUAUCCCGUCCCUGCAGCAGUGUGUGGAUGAGCUGAUACUAAACAGCAUUGAUGCAGAGGCGACCUGUGUUGGGGUCAGGAUGGACAUGGACGCUUUCAAAAUUCAGGUGAUCGAUAAUGGUGCAGGGAUAAACGGCGAGGAUAUGGUGAAUCUGGGGAACAGAUACUACACAAGCAAAUGCAGCUCUAUGGAGGACCUGGAGAACCUCAGGUGGUAUGGUUUCAGAGGGGAAGCCCUGGCAAGUCUAGUGUCUCUAGCUACUCUUGUUGAAAUCUCCUCCAGGACAAGAUCAUCAGUGAAAACUCACAUCAAACUUUUCAAGGAUGGUAAGGGGAUGGAUGUGUUUGAAGCUGAAAACACUCGACCUUCUGCAGGGACAUCUGUCAUCAUUUGUAGCUUCUUCCACAAUAUGCCAGUCCGGAGGAAGAGGAUGGAUGCUGUCCUGGAGGGUGAGAGGAUCAGACACAGAGUGGAGGCUAUUUCACUGAUGCACCCUUCUGUGUCUUUCACCAUGAAAAAUGACUGCACAGGAGCCAUGAUGGUGCAGCUUCCUAAAGCUAAAACUACCUACCACAGGUUUGUUCAGAUGCAUGGCCUCGGGAGAGCACAGAAACUUAGAGAAAUCAGCCACACGCAUGCACAGUUCGAAGUGAUCGGCCACAUCGGCAGAGAAGGCCACUACAACAACAGCUUGCAGUACUUGUAUGUAAAUGAACGUCUGCUCCUGAAAACACGGAUACACAAGCUGCUGAACUUUCUCCUACGCAGACUGAACAGCUCAAGUCAGAAAAAUGACAGUCCAGAUGGGCAGUCUGCCAUCAGGAGCCCAAAGCACAAACGAAGCCAAGAGCAGCAUGGAGUAUACAUCAUCAAUAUUAAAUGCUCUUACUCAGAGUAUGACAUAUGUCUUGAGCCUGCCAAAACUCUAAUAGAGUUCAGAGAUUGGGACGGCAUUUUGCUCUGUAUAGAAGAGGCAGUGAAAGCUUUUCUUAGCAAGGAGAACUUGGUGGCUGAACUUUCUCAAGAUGACUUGGACUAUUUAUCUCCCAAAUUGUUUGGCACAACCAAUACAGACCAUGGAUUGCAUGACAGUCGCCAAGAAACUAGCUGUGCUUCCACACUGGAAUGUAAUAUUGGAAUAACACUAGCGUCUAAUCCUGUUCAUCGUAAGCGCAGAGAUGAAAAUGUAUCUGAGGACAGAUUUUGUCAGGAGUCUGGUACAAUGGAGGACGAAGAAGAGACUGAACAACAAGGGCAGGGAAAGAUCACUACAGAAGAGUUGGAAAAGAUCAAAUCUAACAGUAACAAAGAAUGUAGGAGUGCGCCACCAUGUGAUGUGGAUAUGCUAGAACCUGAAUCUGAGAGUGAAACUUUCAGUGAAGCUGUGGAAGGCGCUCAAGUUUCAUGUACAUCAAAUGAUGUCAGACAGCUAGAAACGAAAAGGCAACAUAGAGAGAUACAACCAAGCAAUUCUACGUUAACUGACAAUUUAACUGUACAACAUAGCAUAACUCAACACAAUAAACCUGCUUCAAACAGCACUGAACAAAUAUUACCAGACUCCAAGUGUACAGGAGCUCAUGGACUGGCUUCAAAAAGUAACAGAAAGAUAAGCAUAUGUGAUCCUUUCAUUCAUGAAAGUCUGCAGACUCAGGCUCCACCGAUAAACUACAAGUCACUAUUUCAGCAAAGUUCACUGAGGAAAUGUGAAGAUAGAUCCUUAGUGUCAAAACGCAAAAUCUCACUGGAUGCAGGUCAUGACAGAUCUUUUCAGCAACAAUGCAGAGACUUAGUUCCCAUCAUUCCCACAAAGAUUCCUAGAAUUGUAAAAGAUCAGAAGUUAUCUUUACGUAAGGAGUUUGGGUCCCUGGAGAAGUUCAGAAGAGUGUAUGGUAAACCAUCUGAGCUGGAAAAAACGUCUCAGGAGACUCGGCUAGAGGAUGAUGCCACACUUUCAGAGACAAACAGCUGUGUUCUCAACCCCCAGAUUUUUUUGGUUUCCCAGAAAGAUAAGCAAGAUGAUGAAGUACCACCAGCGCCCUCAGCUUUCACCAAGUUAAAACCCGUAUCAGAAGAGCAUAAAAGCAAAACAUCUUUGGCUGCUAAACUCUGCAAAUUAAAACAACACAGGACUGAUCAUACGAAAGCAUUACCAACCCUGCCCAGCACUGCCUCACAGGGGGAUAAUAAAAGCAUCCAAGGCAGUGAUGACACUGAGAAUCACUGUGAUAAUGCACCAGACUCUGAGCCAGCCCCAAGUUGCAGUACAGAUCCUCAUCUGGCUGAGAGAGAGGAGGCGGCAACAUCUGGAGACUGGCUUCAUCACUACGACACAUCGGUGGGAAAGACCGUUUACGUCAACAAAGUGACCGGGCUCAGCCGAUACGAGGACCCACAUGGUGAAGAAACACAAGUGAGCUGCACAUCUGAUGUCGCCAAUAUGGCCAUUAGUGUGAUCUCUGAAAUGGACGAGAGUGGGGAGAACUCCAACUCACUGACCUCACUGUACUCAAAAUGGAAUAAUCCUGUGUUUGUCCGACCUCCUGCGGUUGGAGUGGACAUAUCUAGCGGGCAAGCUGAUGGACUGGCUGUCAAAGUCCACAACAUUCUGUUUCCAUACCGGUUUUCUAAAGACAUGAUUCUCUCAAUGAAGGUUAUUCACCAAGUGGAUAAGAAGUUUCUUGCAUGUCUUAUCAAUACAAGAGAAGAAAAGCCAUCAACACCUCAAACUGAAACUGAAGGAAACCUUCUGGUGUUGGUUGACCAACAUGCUGCACAUGAGAGAGUUCGACUUGAAAAUCUAGUUGCAGAUUCCUAUGAGGAUGAUCCAGAUGCACCAGGAGAGAGACGUCUGUGUUCAUCUAUCAUUUUGCCUCCUCUUGAGAUCGGUGUAACAGAAGAGGAGCUGAGGCUUCUCAGGUCCUGUCAGACACAUUUGCAGACUUUGGGCCUGGGAGUGGCGUUCUCAGAUGCAGCAGAUCCACAAGUUUUAGUCGGCAAGGUACCUCUGUGCUUCAUGGAAAAGGAGAGUAAUGAGCUCAGGCGAGGGAGACCAUCUGUAAUCAAGCCUAUUGUGGAGGAGUAUCUUCGAGAGCAGAUUGAGUUGCUUUGCUCAACAGGUAGAGUCAAAAGGACUCUGCCUCUCACUGUGCUGAAGGUGUUAGCCUCCUUAGCAUGCCAUGGAGCCAUCAAAUUCAAUGACAGCCUAUGCAGAGAUGAAUGCUGCAGCUUGGUGGCAUCCUUGUCCUCCUGCCAGCUGCCCUUUCAGUGCGCCCAUGGGCGUCCAUCCAUCGCUCCUUUGGUAGACAUCCUCCACUUGGACAAAGAGCAGAAGGAGAUACAGAAACCCAACCUGCGGAAGCUGAGAAGAAUGUAUAAAGCAUGGCAACUUUAUGGAGAUGGAUAAGUGGGUAUAUAUUUUAUGCAGUUCAUUAUGAAUUGCUUCUGAAAAACUUUUCAUAUUAAAUGGCUCCAAACAUAAGCCUUUUUAAGGAUUUUUGCAAACCUUUUGUUUCUUCUCAGAUAAAUCAUAAAUUCAAAAUGAAGUAAGAGUUAUGAUCAUUGCCUGACAUGGAAAACAUUUUAUUUAUUAGUUCGCAAAACAAAAUAACCAUUGAUGAAAUAUAAUGCAUCAUCAGAUAUGAAGAUGAUAAACAGUUCCAUAGUAUUGACCAUAUCAAUGUUUCAAAAGUUGCUAUAGAAGCUUUAUUCAUCAGGUUUUACUUGAUAAUUAUAUUCACUCAAUCAGCCUCAUUGUUUUGAAUACAUGCACUCAGACAGCAGAUGAUUGAAGAGCAGCUCUCAUCAUUGGUGGAAGUUAUGAAGGAAGGAAUAUAGCAGUAAAAUCAUUAAACCUCACAAGCAUACAGACUCCUAAUACCACCAACAAGGAGUGAUUGGUGUAAAAAAAAAGUAUCACUGUCCAUUUGUCACAUGUGUCUCUCACUUUUUGAGAUGAUGAGGUAAUCUGAAAGAGCUCCGCUAGGUACUUAAGAUUUUCUCAGUGCACCUUGAGGGUCAGUUCUUCUACUUCCUCAAUCUGAAAGAGGCUGCUCGAGUAACAUGACUUAUCACUCUUUAGAUUUUGUGAACUCUGCCUCAUCUCUUUUUUUUCACUGCUGCCAUGAAUAUCAUCAGACAAAGCUGUUUGGAUAAAUACUCUUACCUGAUGAUGAUUAUUCACUAUAAACACAGUCCUUUACCAUCAUAUCAUAUUACAUGUUCAGUUUGGCUGGUUGGUCCGUCAACAUCAUCACCUCACUGACUUACUGAACAUCAGCUGAAAGCAGAAAUUAAACUAGCUUGGACUAAA